UUAGCCCAAUGAAUCCCGUAAUACCUGUAGCACCUGUACGUACAGUCAAAUUUGACAUAUUUGUCAUAAUUAUUAUUUGAAUUGAAUUAAAUAAUUUUUCUUUGGCGCUUUCAAUAAAUCACACGUAACCCGUUUAAAAUGAACAGCACGUCUUUGAAAAAGACUCCUGUUAACACCGCGAACAAACGAGCGGGGCGCAAGCGCAAACACGAAAAAGACGAACCCGCUGUAUCCCGCAGGAGUAAAACGAUGAAACGUAACCGUCGUAAAAAAAACGAUAAAACGUCCCGUAAGUCUUCCAGAUUCAUGGAGUAUGCGGAGUACGAGUACAGCGGCAUGGACGUAAGCAGACCCAGACAGCUCCAAAGGUCUCCUUCAGAUAAUUCCAUCAUUUAUAUCAACACGUAUCACGUAGCUGAGAGCGGCAUCCCCAUCAUUGAUCUCACAAAGAGCUCGCAUAGCAUCUGUUGCUCGCGAACAGCGUCACUGAAACUCAUAUACAAAUCGAAAAACUUCAAUAGCCGGCUUAAAAACCGCCCAGUUACGUCCUUGCAAACCAUUCCCAUGAGUCAGCACGCCAUCACCAGGAACGUUAACAGCACCUCGAACCUCAGCAAGUCCAGCAAGUCGAUCCUCGAAAUAUUUCCCAAAUAUUUUGACGACGAUAGCGACGGUAGCGAGGUCACGGUGCUUCAUGAAUUAUCCAGAUCGGACUUUUUCGAGGAGAAUAGGGACGUUGGGAUGAUGGGAGAUGAAGAGGAUCCAUCCUUUAAUCUCGAAAGCAAACAGCCGUUGGCGAAUAUUAACAUGUGUCAGUGUGUUAUUGGUGAUGGGUCUUAGGAAUACCCUAACUAAGGGGUUAUUUGUUACAGAUCUUUAAAAUAAAGUCUGCUGGUGUA